UCUCUGUGGUGUUUCUUUUUAAAGCGUGGGAUCUUCCUGUGUAUCUCACUCUGCUCUGCUCUGCUUUGCUCUGUGUUCACUCUCCUGCUGUGAUUCUCUUCAGUCACCUGACAACAUGCCUGACAGCCUCUGUGGAACAUGGGAUAUGAUCAGCAAUACUAACUUUGAGGAAAUCAUGAUUGCUUUGGGGAUUAGCCUGUACUAUCGGAAGGUUGCUACAAGGGUAAAGCUUCGUAAAGUGAUCGAGCAGGUCGGAGAUGUCUAUGUGAUUAAAACUCUCAGCAGCGUGAAAAACUAUAUCUUCUCCUUCAAAAUCGAUGAGGAGUUUGAUGAAUACACCAAGGGUCUGGACAACAGGAACUGCAAGUCUCUGGUCAAGUGGGAAGGGAACAGGAUGGUGUGCACUCAGAAGGGAGAGAAGAAGAACAGAGGCUGGUGUCACUGGAUUGAGGACGAUAAGCUGCACUUGGAGCUGUACUGUGAAGGCCAAGUGUGCAAGCAAGUCUUCAAACGCGUGGCCUAAAGUUUACCAUCAGUCUUCAUUGUGAUCAGGACGGAGUACAGCUCCAGUCCUUUAAUAUAAUGCAGUAAACAGACAGAACCUGAGCUCUGUCAUCUCUCUGUGAUCAUUAUUGAUCAGGAGAGUUAAAUACAGAGGGCUUCAUGAUCUCAGCUAGGCUGAGCGUUUGUUACCAAAGGCAGUGCUGUUGAGGCACGUAUGACCCCUGUGACCUCUGCUCUAGGGCCACGAUAACAUCUCAGUGUUGGCCUUUCUUUAAACCAGAGUUAACCCAGGACAGCACAGUGCAGUCAGGUGCUUCAGGAAUGCAGAAAGACUAUCUGUCUGUAUGUAGACUAAAGCACCACUAGAGGGAACCACAGCAUUUGAAAUGGACACUGUGAUGCCCUUCAUAAGGGUCCAUGUUGGGUUUUCAGCUCAAGCUGUGUUUUGGUACUCUGUAACAUUAUUACUGUGCUAAUGCAAAAACCUUGUAUCUCCAUGUUUAACAUAAGACAUAAUGUAAAUGUACAUGGUCUAUAUUUUUAUUUAUGUAUAAGUUGUGUUUUUACUACUGUGAGGGAAUACGCAUCUCAGUUUUUUACUCGCAUGUACAGUACAUCUUGUCUUAAUGUGAUAUAACUAUAAACCCACUUUGAUUCUAUUUUUGCAUAAUGAGCGGUUCAGUAGAAUUUUGACACUGAAAGUUAAGAAGGGUUUUGCCAUUUUAGGAGAUACAAGGUUUUUGCCUGAGAGCACUGAUAUAUUAUUUAUUUUCCUCAUUCAAUAAUUUUGUUUUUGGGCAUUUAGAACUGAUUCUGUAUAUAAGACAAUGUUUACUUUUUUAUCAUAUGAAAUAUGUUUUUGUAUAAAUGUAAAUUAUUGUUUACUUUUUUUUUACAAAUGUAAAAUAUUUGUUUUUUUACUACAUAAAACAUGUUCAGGAAAUUUUGACAAAUUAAAAAGUACAGUAAAACA